AUGAAGCUUUCACUCACGCUCAUCGCCUUCUGGCUCGCCAUGGCCCUUGGCCAAACGACGACGGUAUGCACUGCAGACCUCGCAAGCACUGACGACUGUGCCGACGUCAUCAACCCCAUCGCCUGCUACAACCAAUUCGGGUUUUCGGGCACGCGGACGCUGGCGUGUAUCGACGGGAAGAACGAUGCCGAAAGGUCUAGGAAGGCACGACGUGCGUGCCAUUGCUGCAGCUGUGUGGGCACCCGAAUGUGCACCUGGGUCACUCAGAAUAACAUCUGUAACGGGGUUAGUUAG